UCCGGGGCUCGGACGGCGUUUGCUGCGCGAACCGGGGAAGGAGCCGGCGAAUGAAUGACCCUCCUGCCGGGAUGGGGGCCCCGCGUCUCCGCGGAGCUGCGCCCCUCGCGCACGCCCCCCUCCGCCUGGGGCGAGCCGGGCUCUUUCCGCGCGAGGUGGGGCACGGGCCCCCCCUGGAAGCGGGCACCCCGGGUCCCGCAGCGGCGGCGGGGGCGAGCGGAAGCGCGGGCGGCGCCCCCGAGGCCCGCGGGGCCGGGGAGGAUCUGGACUCUGAGUCCUGGGUCCGAGAGAAAGUGCUCUUUCUUCUCCACCCAGAGCGAGGGCUGCGGCCUCGCGGGGACCCGGCGCGGGAGGAGGGGGCGGGCGGGGAGGACCGGGGGUGCCCUUCUCCUCACUUACCUCGGGAAAAGCGGGCUCCGGGCGGCCGCGCGGACGCUCCCCCCGCCGCCCGGCCGCCCAAGCGCGUGCUGGUGCGGGUGGAGGAUUACCGGGCGACGCAGGAGGUCCAGCUGACCGAGUGGACGAAGGGCUGCCUGGCCACCCGCACCGAGGAGCGCGCCAUGACCGUGGUCACGUUCCGCACCAACGGCGAAGCGGGCUGUGGGGCGCGGGGACCCCUGGGCGCCGGGAGAGGCGCCCCGAGCCCACGCUGCGGAGAGACGCUCUUUUCUCGGCCGCGAGGCCCCGAUUCCCCGAGGAGGUGAACCAGGGAGCAGCAGCCGGAGCGAGGUGCCGGGCUGCGGGGUGAGCGAAAAUCCUCGAGAACCGAAAACGCUCUUCCCGGAACCCCCGCCCGCAACGGACCGACGGCGCGGACUCGCCGGGAGGCUGGCGCGGCGGCGCUCGGAGGGCAGCGGGCGGCGCCGGACGGAAGGGAGAAUCAUUUUCCUGAUCCCAGCAGAACUUUGUCCUGGGAGGAGCCGGUCGAGUCUUGCCAUUCACAGAGACCUGGGAGUGAAUCAAGUGGAACGUGGCCAUCAUCAGUGCUAAGAUGUCUCUGAGAGUGUCGGGGUCUUGACUCUUUGGCCUCACCUCCACCUCACCGAGAAAUGUGAUCCUCUAAAAUUGUCUUAGGUGGAUGAAUCCCAGCAAGGACUUCCCGAAGCCACUGGCCACUCAAGAUUAUGUUAAGUGAAAUAAGCCAGGCAAUGAAAGAAAAAUACCACAUGAUCUCACUCAUUUAUGGAAAAUAAAGAACAUUAUAACCUGAUGAACAAAAAGAUAGACACAGAGGCAGUAAAGCACCGAACAGACUGUCAAAUUACAGCAGGAAGGCUGGGGAGGGUUGGGGAGGGGGGGGAAGAGAUCAACCGAAGGACUUGUAUGCAUGCAUAUAAGCACAACAA